UGAGCGCGCACGGCCGAGUGCGGCGAGUCUGUAACCCGAGCGCAGUGACAGCGGGCUGACUUGUCGCCAACUGUGUGCUGGAACAAACACGGAUGGACCCGCACGUUAACUUUCUAUGAAGAUAUCACUGUUUGCUGAUUCGUCAUGAAGGCCCAGAACUGGUUUAUUGUCACCUGCUGCCUCUAUGGCCUGAGCGCAAUCGCAGGUGCAACAGAAGCAGAAGAUCGGCUGAUGAAGAAACUAUUUUCUUCAUACAAUGUUAAAGUGCGUCCUGCAAGGAGCCCAGAGGAAAGGGUCGUCGUGAGGAUAGGCAUGACCCUUUCAUCAUUCGUCAGCCUGAACAUGAAAGAUGAGGAGAUGAACACUAUUGUUAUUAUGAACUUGGAGUGGAACGAUUAUCGCCUCUCCUGGAACCCCAAAGAUUAUGGGGGAAUUGAUGUGUUGCGCAUCCCAUCUGGAAAAAUGUGGCUUCCUGAUAUUGUUCUCAUCAAUAACAAUGAUGGCGUAUUUGGUGUAGCUCUACAGGUCCACGUGCAAGCCUACAGUAACGGCCGUGUGACGUGGACUCCACCAGCUCUUUACAAGAGUUCCUGCGGGGUAAAGGUGACAUACUUUCCUUUUGACUGGCAAAAUUGCACCAUGGUUUUCCACUCGUAUACAUAUGAUUCCUCAGAAGUGGAUCUGCAGCAUGGCCUUGAUAAGAGAGGAAAUGAAAUCCGAGAGAUAGUCUUCGACACAGGCUUUAGUGAGAGUGGAGAAUGGCACAUUCGUCACAAGGUUUCUAGAAAGAAUGUGCGAGAGGACCUGUAUGAGGACAUCACUUUCUACCUAAUCAUCGAGAGGAAGCCCAUGUAUUACGUGUUUAACAUCGUCCUGCCCUGUAUCCUCAUCACCAUCAUUGCCAUCUUUAACUUCUACUUGCCACCUGAUGCAGGGGAGAAGAUGGGCCUUUCCAUCAACGUACUGCUGACUUUAACUGUCUUCCUGCUUCUGCUGGCCAACAAAGUCCCAGAAACAUCACUGGGUGUUCCCAUUAUCGUCAACUACCUGAUGUUCACCAUGAUCCUGGUCACCUUUUCUGUCAUCCUCAGUGUUGUGGUACUCAACCUUCACCAUCGCUCCCCCAGCACACACCAAAUGCCCCUUUGGGUGCGCAAGACAGAUACCUGCAAUGAGCUCCUGUACCAGCAUCUGAAUACACAAGUAGACACGGGAGCUGUGAAAAAAACGAAGAGUCACACUGACCUCUUGUGGUACCAGCCUGAUGGUCCAUGCACCGACCUGAGGAAGUUCAUUGACGGCCCCAGUCAUUACCUCGCCCUUCCUCCAGAUCUCAAGUCAGCCGUAGAGGCCAUCACUUACAUCGCAGAGCAGCUGCAGGCGGAGAAAGAUUACGAGGCUUUAAAGGAGGACUGGCAGUAUGUUGCCAUGGUGGUUGAUCGACUCUUCCUCUGGAUCUUUGUGAUUUUUACCUCCCUUGGGACACUGGGCAUUUUUGCUAAUGCCAGCUUCAAUGCCACACCUACUGACCCCUUUCCCUAAAUCUGAUGGUUGUUCUCUCUAGCCUUAAACUUUUCACCUCUAAAACAUUGGCACGAGAUGUGUUAGACACUGCUGCGUGUUCAGUUCACAUUUAUGGCGUUGUAAUGUAACACAAAGAUCACAGCAAUUCAUUCACACAAUAUUUCUGUAGUUAAAGCAGUGGAUAGAUGCAUAAAAACAGCUAUACUAUUGCUAAAAAAGUGGGAUUUGUUAUAAUUACGUAAAAUAGUAUAACUUAUAGAUUAAUGUCAAAUUUUGAAUUUGCUGAAAUUCGCUUUUGCCUUUUUGAAAUUUAUGCAGUUCCUCUUUUAAGGAAAGAAAUUUCUCCAUUAGAAGUCCACCAGUGGCUUUCUCAUUAACUGUGUGUUUUGCUCAUAAUUGAUUGAGUUUUUAGUGAGAUCUGUUUGCCAUACAGGGAAUGGAAAUGGACUUGGGAUGGUUUUUGGCUACAGGAUUGUUAUGUGUAUGGACACAUCACUUAACAUCACUAUAAUAUAUCAUAUACUGUCUUUAAUGUGCCAAUUAAAUGAGUUUUUGCACAAA